UUAACCAUCUCGUUGGCAUUGACUUGACUUAGAAAAUAAUGCGAUAUUCCUAUUCCCAUUCACAUUAUAUUAAACUCCUCCGGUAGCCCAACCCCAACUAAACAUGCCAAACCGAACACUAGAAGCCGUUGAUAAUUUUAACCAAUUUUCCCUCCUUUUUUUCUCCCUAACCAUAUUUUCCCACGCCUAAAAUCCUCUGGUUCGGAAACAGAGCAACCAAAACAUAGCAAUACUAUCCUACUCCACCUAUAAAUGACAAAAUUACCCUUUUCAACUACCAAUCUCCUCCCUAUAUUGUCCUUUAUCCUCCUUAUCACUCUACCCUUUUUCGUAAUUUCACAAUCAGAACAAGAAAUCUUAUUGCAAAUAAAACAACAAUGGAGUAAUCAACCACCAAUGAAUUCAUGGAAUCACACCACCCAUUUUUGUCAAUGGCCCGGAAUCAAUUGCUCCGGUGGCGUAACAGUAACCGGAAUCUCCCUUAAUAGCAAAAACAUCGAAGGCAAAAUCCCUCCUUCCAUUUGUGAUCUCAAAAAUCUCACUGUCCUUGAUCUUGGAAACAAUUAUAUCCAAGGUAACUUCCCCACAUUUCUAAACAAUUGCCCCAAGCUUCAAACUUUAGUCCUAGCUUCAAACUAUUUUGUUGGGAAAUUACCAGAUAGCAUAAAUGAGCUUCCUCUUAGCCUCCAACACCUUAACCUCAGUGCUAACAACUUCACUGGUGAUAUCCCACCUUCAUUAGCUCAACUUAAAGGGUUGAUCACCUUGUACUUGGAUUCCAAUUCGUUUAAUGGCACGUUCCCUUCCGAGCUGGGACACUUGGAAAAUCUCGAGGAAUUGGUGUUAGCUUACAACUCUUUAGCCCCAAACAAAUUGCCAAAAGAAUUUGGGAUGCUUAAGAAUUUGAAGUUCCUUUGGAUGACUCAAUGCAACUUGAUUGGUGAAAUUCCGAAAAGUUUUGCCAAGCUAUCUAGCCUUGAGCAUUUAGACUUGGCUGAAAAUAACUUGGAGGGCGAAAUUCCUAGUGAGUUGUUCUUGCUCAAGAACUUGAAAUUUUUAUAUCUGUACAGCAAUAUGUUGUCAGGGGAAUUGCCAAACCCAGCUAAGGCCUUGAACUUGGUGGAAUUGGACGUCUCAGGAAACAAAUUGACAGGAAUAAUCCCUGAAGAUUUUGGAAAGUUGCAGAAAUUAGAAAUUUUGAAAUUGUCUCAGAACCAAUUUCAUGGAACAAUUCCACCAAGUAUAGCUCAGCUUACUUCCUUGAAGUCCCUGAGUUUGUUUAUGAACCGGUUUUCUGGUUCACUUCCCACAGAAAUGGGCCUGCACUCGGAACUUGAAGGCAUAGAGGUGUCAGACAAUGCAUUCACCGGCCAACUGCCGGAGAAUCUUUGCUACAACGGGAAGCUGUUAGGUGUUGUGGCAUUCAACAACUAUCUGAAUGGCACAAUCCCAACUUCUCUAGGCCAAUGCAACUCUUUGUAUGUUGUUCAACUCUACAACAACAGCUUUACAGGAGAAGUUCCUGAUGGGAUGUGGUCUUUGCAGGGUAUGAAGAUCAUGUUACUUAGCAACAACCAAUUUUCAGGCCAACUUCCUGACAAAUUGGCUUGGAACUUGAGUCGUAUGGAAAUCAGCAACAACAAAAUAUCUGGUAAAAUUCCGUCAAGUGUAAGCACUUGGAGCAAAUUGCAGGUGCUUAAAGCUAGCAACAACUUGAUCGCCGGUCCUGUUCCGUUAGAGUUUACUAAGCUGCCACUACUUAACACUCUUUUACUUGAUCACAAUCAACUCUCAGGUGAGCUACCCUCUGAAAUAAUCUCAUGGCAAAGAUUAAACAGUUUAGACCUCUCUCAUAACAAGCUUUCUGGUUCGAUUCCUUCUGUUCUUGGCUCUUUACCUGUCCUUUCUUAUCUUAAUUUGUCUAAUAACCAAUUUUCCGGCCAACUUCCUCCUGAAGUUGGCCAAUUAAAGCUUAAUUCACUCGAUCUUUCUAACAAUAAGUUUACUGGUAAAAUCCCACUUGGGAUUGACAACAGUGCAUUCAAAAGUAGCUUCCUGCACACCCAUCUAUGCUCCAAUACCGGAUUCUUAGACCUCCCAAAAUGCUCAAGUCAUCAAAGAAACUUAAAUUUGUCCUGCAAAUAUGUUGCUUUGGUCACAGUCCUUGCAUUUAUUGCCUUCAUAGCAACUUUGUACUUCAUUGUGGUCCUAAUCAGAGAAAAUUGGCAAAGUAAGAAAAGGCCAGAUACUUGGAAACUGACCUCUUUUCAUAAGCUACCGUUCACAGAAGAUAAAAUCCUUGCUAACUUAAGUGAGAAAAAUACGAUUGGUUCAGGAGGAUCCGGUAAAGUUUACUGGAUCCCCAUUAACCAAUCAGGGGAAGCGGUUGCGGUUAAGAGGAUAUGGAAUAACAAGAAAAAGAGCAACAAUUUGGAAAAAGAGUUCAUUGCUGAGGUCCAGGUUCUGGGUAAUAUUAGGCAUCUCAACAUAGUGAAGUUACUUUGCUGUAUUUCGAGUGAAAGCUCGAAAUUGCUUGUGUAUGAGUACAUGGAGAAACAAAGCCUGGAUAAAUGGAUCCAUAAGAAUAAAAGGCAGCCUGUUUCAUCCAUGAGUGGUUUGGUUCAACAAGCAGUUUUGGACUGGCCUGCUAGAUUGAAAAUUGCUAUUGAUGCUGCUCAAGGAUUAAGUUAUAUGCACAAUGAUUGUUCACCUCCUAUAGUUCAUAGGGAUAUAAAAUCCAGUAAUAUUUUGCUAGAUUCCGAAUUUAAUGCAAAGAUUGCUGAUUUCGGGUUAGCAAGGAUUUUGGCUAAGCCAGGAGGAGAGCCUAAUACAGUCUCUGCUGUUGCUGGAUCUUUUGGUUACAUGGCCCCAGAAUAUUGCUAUACAAGCAAAGUGAAUGAGAAGAUUGAUAUAUACAGCUUCGGAGUAGUUCUACUAGAGUUAGUGACAGGGAAAGAACCUCACAUUGGAGAUGAGCACACAAACCUCGCAGAGUGGGCAUUGAGGCAUUUUCAUGAGGGACAUCCAAUCAUAGACGUCCUUGAUAAGGAAGUGCUAGAACCUUGUCACUUGGAAGAGAUGACAAAUGUGUUCAAGAUAGGCUUGAUUUGCACCAGUGCAUUACCUUCUUUAAGGCCAUCAAUGAAGCAGGUUUUGCAAUUGCUUCAACGAUAUAGCAUUCUAGAAGGUCCUGGUGGAGGAAGAACAAAGAAUGACCGCGAUAUAUCCCCUCUUCUUGGAGGCAGAAACUACAUCUCUAGCUGUAAGAAUAGCAGGAGGACAUUAGAUGAAGAUGACUAUGACAUAGUAUAAUUUAGUUUGUACCCUAAAUCAGAAUAAAAUCAGUGUGAUCUUUGUUUGAUCAUAGGAAGUAGUGAUUAGCUUACCGCAUUUCCUAUAUUAGUAGGGUAGUGAUAAGUUUCUGAAUUCAAUCCCUUAUAGUUUUAUCACAAAUU